CGGAGCUGUCCGAGGCGGCGGUUCCCGUGCUGUCCUGCUGGCGCCAUGUCCUUCUGCAGCUUCUUCGGGGGCGAGGUUUUCCAGAACCACUUUGAGCCGGGUGUCUAUGUGUGCGCCAAGUGUGGCCACGAGCUCUUCUCCAGCUGCUCAAAGUACGCACACUCAUCCCCGUGGCCCGCCUUCACGGAGACCAUUCAUGCAGAUAGUGUGGCCAAGCGUCCAGAGCGCAAUUCGCCUGAAGCCUUAAAGGUGUCCUGCGGCAAGUGUGGGAAUGGGCUGGGCCACGAGUUCCUGAAUGACGGCCCCAAGCCGGGGAAGUCCCGCUUCUGAAUAUUCAGCAGCUCACUGAAGUUCAUCCCGAAAGGCAAAGGAACUUCUGGCUCUCAGGAGGCGUAGGUGGACAGCACAUACCCAUUCCAGCUGGCACUGCCCUCCGGCCAUCCCACCUUGGAACUGGAACCCCAGACAUUGAGACAGGGGAGGGGGCUCCUGAAGCAUUGGGAAAUCUUGGCUCUGUGCAGGUUCUCUUGGGGGAAAGCACUGCUAGCCCAGGAUGGGCCUGCUGGGCCCAGCUGUGGGCUUACCUUGGCCUCCUGCUCCCAUGGGAGGCUCAAGGAGGUAGGCUCUCAGCCUAGCUCGCCUUUGAAUGAUGGCACACCCCACCUUUUCUUCUCCACAGCCCACUGCCCUGUCUGGACUCACCCUGUGGGACCCGAUUCUGAGAUGGGCUCUGGCCCUCACCCAAGCUUGUGCUCCCCACCCCCACCGCCCCAGGCUAUCCUGGGAGCCAGAAUGCCAAGGGGGCAGCCGUUGCUGGCUGCUGCAGCUGCAGUCACUACAUGAUUCACUCUGGUUAAACCCUUCCAGGCAGCCAGAGUGGUGAUGAUCUGUGACCUGCUAGAGGAACAGGCCAAGGGGACAGACCUGUGAUGUGUCAGUUACGGGAAGAGAAAUCCUCAACCCUGUUUCACAAUCUGGAUUGGUACACCUUGCCUCACUCAGGCUUAGGAAAGUGGGUGUUGCUCCAUUACCUUGAUUGUGCAAGGCCAGGGCUGGGGAGCUCACACCUUCCCAGGAGUGUGGCUGUGCCUUCUUGCACACACUUGGAAGCUCCUGCUGCCUGGGAGGGUGGGUGACACCAAAGCCCCUCCCAUCUUCACUCCUCUCUGGCAUCAUCAGGAGAUAAUAAACAAAUGGACCGCGGGCA